AUGACCGUCAUUGUUGAUUGUUUUGAUUUGUGUUGUCUUCCCAUUGUCAAAAAAGUAUUACUAAUUGUUUACCAGAAUAUCUAAUUUCCUUUGAUAAGCACGUAAUUGACUCACUGCCUUGAAUACCACUAUGAUAAUUGUGCUUCCAUUUCGAUAAUGAAUCCCCCUCGUUGCUCAUAAAAAUGUGAGAAGAUAAUUGGACGUGGUGAUGAACUACUUUGUUUUACCUUGACAAAUUAUGUCAAUGAAGCUGAUGUCUGCUGUUAUUCCUACAUCACUGACCAGCCAGAACACGAACAAGUCGGAAGAUUCGAAUAUUUUGCUCAAACAUCUAUUGGAAUGUGUGCAAAAUUGUCAGAAGAGGUUUGGUGGAAAAACAGAGCUUGCAACAGAAUUUGAUAGUUGUGUAAUUGCUCUUUGUUUAACGUUAGAGCAGGUUUUAUCUCAUGGCUUAAGAAGUAAACCAUUAGAACUCCCACAAACAUCUACUUUGAAACAAGUUUCAGGAAUUGUUGCUAGUAGUUUGCUAAUUGGGAAUGAACCAUUGUCAUUUUGGCCCUUUAUAAGAAAUCAUUUAACUCGGCAUGAACAAGAGAGGUAUACAGUUUUGAAAAAUAUCCACACAGAUACUGGUAAAGGAAGGGCUUGGAUCCGUUCAACUCUUAAUGAAAGAUCAUUAGAAAGAUAUAUCAAUACCUUGCUUGGAGAUACCAAAUCAUUAGAGAUAUAUUAUGAAGAUUGGGCAUUACUACGAGAUCAUGAAAAGAGCUCUAUGUUGCCUAAUAUGGCAGCUGGUUUAGCUGCUAUAUUAUUUGCUAUAAGUAUAGAUAAAGUUGAAUUGAAUGAUUUGAAUAGCCAGCAAAAACUCCUCAGUGGCCUUUCAAAAUCUGAACCUGUUAUUGAAGCUCCAAUACAAGAUCCAUCUAAAAAUACAAAAGAAAAAAAGAAAAAGAAGGUUGCUCGACAAUUCAUAUCUUUUGAGGAAGAUAGUUUAUUAUCAUCUAGUAUCCCUUCAAGCUCAGGAAGCUUAUCCUCGGACACAAGCUCAUUGAACGAAACUCAGUACACAUUCAACUCAACUGCACAUUCCAAUAAGGACCAAAAUAAAACGCUUGACAUUAUGGAAGCCAAGAAAGCAGAUCAACCUUCAACGGUUGAAAUAAAAAGGAAAUUAUCAGUGGAAAAUAGUGGAACAUUCACGAAAUAUUCCACAGAAGUUCCAGAAACGUUAACUCCCAUCAGUCAAGCUGAGGUCGGUGAAUUAACCCCUAUUUCUGUCGAAAUAGGAAGGGAAGAUAGGUCUUCUGACUUAUCAGAUGAUUUGGUUGAAGCUCCAAGUGAUAUCAGUGCUGUAUUGACUGCAGUUGAAUCUAAGAAUGAAGAAGAACGAAAAAGAUUCAGGGAAAAAAUUGAAUCUCUAAAUAGGGAGAAUGAAACUUUGAAGGAACAGGUGAAUAAGUACCUGAGUGUAUUGAAAAUGUUGGGAAAAGAUCCAGAUGUGGAGGAUCUGGAUCAAAUUGAGGAACUGCCAAAUUAUAAAAGCGAAGCUGAAAUUUUUGAGAGGAAAUUGGUCCAGGUUGCUGAGAUGCAUGCAGAACUUAUGGAUUUCAAUGUUCAUCUACAACAAGUAAUAUGUGAAAAAGAUCAACUACUGGAACGCCUGAAAACUGAGUUAGAAAUGUUGACAGGUCCUAUUUCUCCAGAAGAGAUUACUUUAGAAGAUAGUUUGGCGAAUGUGCAUGUGUGGAUACCAUCUGCUUUUUUAACAGGUUCUGGUUCCAAUUCACACCAUGUGUAUCAGAUUUUUCUAAGGGCUGGUAAUGAUGAGUGGAAUAUUUACAGGCGAUACGCUCAAUUUCAUGCCUUACACACGGACUUGAAGAAAGUAGAUCCUGCUAUUGCAUUUUUUGAUUUUCCGCCAAAGAAGAGCAUUGGAAAAAAGGACGCAUCGCUAGUGGAAAGCAGAAGAAAAAGGCUUCAAACCUACCUCAGGAGAAUAUUGGCUCACUGGCCUGAGUUAUCUCAUUGUUCCAGUCGACAUUUACUGGAGCAACAUCUUUCAUUCUUCAAAGAUCAAAAGGAAAAUGAACCAACAGCCAGGAACACUAGAAGAAAUAACGAGAAUCAUUAUACAGGGCUGUAAUAAUACUCAAUAAUACUAAUAAAUCAAUGAGAAUGCAGUAUAUUGACUUUAACGAACUGUUACAAAUAUUUAAGUUUUAUAUUUUAUUACAGAAUCGUUAUAUACUAUAAUUGAUACCAAUAAUAUGUACAUAAGCAAACAAUAAAAUAUUUAGAAAUCA